AUGAACUCGUCACGCGCAUUCACUCGGACGACCCAGAACACCUUCCGCAAGCCCCUCGACUUCCUCAGCAAUCUGUCGCGGGGGCCCGUACAGCUGCCAAAGGACAGAAAGAGAAAGGACAGCAACGUACACCGCCGGAACAACAGCGCGAGCUCAAUCGACGAUACCGAUCACUCCGACGUCGAGUUCUACGCGCAAAUGGAGACGUCACGGCGGAGUCAUUCGACGCAGAACUCGCUGUCGGAGCUGCAGCCCGCGGUGCCAUUGAUCGAUAUUGGCAGUCGCAGCACCAGUCCGUAUCCGCGCAAUCGAAGCGCCGCACAGAGCGAAGACGAAGACGACGAAUACGAACCAGCGAGCAGUAUACGGCCGUUGGUCAGUCAUGACGUAGGACGAGGAAGCCAUGCCUUUCGCAGCUUCUGGCAGCAAGGCGGGCCUGGGGCUUUCUUUUUCGGCACAUGGAGGGGCUGGCAGGCCUGGGUGGGAUUGCUGGUCUUCUGGGUCGGCGGGUGUAGUUUUGGGCUACUGCUGAUGAACCGCUUCAUCAUGCUGACGGGCGUCUACAAAUUCCCGUUUCCCCUCACUCAAUCCUACGCCCAACUCAUCAUCACGCACAUCCUCCUCAUACUCGUAUCGAGCCUCCUACGCUUCUCCAGUAAUCCGCUGCAUUUCAUAGGCUUCGGUGCCGCCGUGCCGCCCUCGCAACCCGCCGCGCCUCAGGGAGGAGCCUUUAGAGGCAACAAGAAGCCUGGAAUAUACGCAUUUGCGCGAUGGUUAUCGAAUGGAUCUGGUGGAAUCGCUGGCGGAGGCCUGUUUGAGUUCGAUUUCCAAAUCGCGAAACAGGUGCUUCCACUUGCGGUAGUCUUCAUCGUGAAGGUGCUGCUUAGCAACUUCUCGUUCGCUUACGCACCUCUUCCCGUCUACCAACUCGCACGCAUCGGCAUAACCCCGCUCGCCAUCAUCUUCGCCUGCGUCCUGCAGAAGGAGAACGUCAAUGGCAGCACCCUCUCCUCCGCCCUCGUCGCAACCCUCAACCUCUUCUUCGCCUCAUACCGCUCCAAUGUCCGCGUCACUUGGGAGUCUGUCGUCGCCGGCGUCUUCUCCUCCAUCUUCGUCGCGCUAUAUCCGAUCCUCCUGCUCCGCACAUACCGCAAGAUCGUCGCUGGCCUCGUCCCCGCUGGCGAUGUGCUCACCGGAUACCCCAGCGGCUCGGAAGAACCCGGCAACAGAGAGGAGACUCGCGCUUUCUACCGCACGCUACACUACACGUCCCUCGUGUCGCUCAUGCUCCUCACACCGAUCGUGAUCCUCUCCGGUGAGGUCCCACAUAUAUACCACAAUAUACCGUUCCUCGAUGUACCCUUCUUCUGGGCCAUGAUGCUCUUUGGUGGUAUGGGCUCAUGGGCUGUCUUCUCGGGUACUUUGCUGCUUGUCAAGGCGACGUCUCCGUUGACGGCGACCUUUGUCGCGGUUCCGCGAAGCGCAUUCCAGCUUGUUGCCAUCACACUGUUCAAGGGUCCGGCGCAGACCUGGAUCGGCGUAAUACUUUGCUGGAUCAGCAGUCUGUGGUUCCUCGUCGCGAGACGCGAUGAAGGGAGGAGUAGAGAUCGGUUGAGACUGGAAGGCAGGUAG